UUAAAAAUUGGAGCAGCUGUUUAAAUUAGUGUUCACAAAUCAACGAAGUAGAGUUACGUAUUCGCACCGGGUCCGGGAUUUGGAAAUUAUGUUGAAGGGCCUGCGGCAUGUGCGGAAUGUGUUGCAGCGCGGUGGCACCCAGUUGGCACAUAUUGCCAGUGCUGCGGGGCAGCCCCAAAGGAUUUGCCGGGAGUUGUCGCUUCUCCAACUCAGCCGGCGGCAGGUGAUGCAACUGCAGGCGGAAUAUAAGGCGAUUGUGGGGUUAAUAGCCCGCUCCCUGCAACUGACUCCGAAAGAAGUGCGAGUCAUGCACCUGCGCAGCCUAAGCACCGCUGAGAAACCUCCUAAAAAUCCCACUCCAUCAGAGUGCACGGCGGAAAAGCCUGGAAAGGACGGAGCCAAGAAUGAAGGCGAUCCGUCCAAAGAGAAGCAAAAGCCAGCUGCCGCGGCAGACAGCAGUGAAAAAAGCAGUAAAGCCUCAGCAGACGAUGCGUCUAGCAGUCCUAACCCUAGCCCCACCACAUCCACUAGCGAGCCUGGGGAGGAUCCCAAUAAAAACAGCAACGAGAAUGACGAAAAGAUGCGUUCCGUACUGACCAAGGCCGUACUUUGGCUUUUUACGAUCUAUAUGUUUGUGGCAUUCUUCUCCUUGCUGAUUACCCCGCGUUCUGAGAGACCAGAGGGCUCCACGCGAUAUGUUUCCUGGAACGAGUUUGUCCACCACAUGCUGGCCGUGGGUGAGGUUAAGGAGUUGAUCAUACGACCCGACAUGGAAAUGGUCACCAUCAUCUUGCAUGAGGGAGCCGUCAUUAAGGGUAGGAAAGUAGCCUCUACAAUCUUCCACAUGGCGGUGGCUGACGCCAAUAAAUUCGAAGAGAAACUACGCGAGGUGGAGAAGCGUUUGGGAAUCUCGGAUGGUGUUCCGGUAACCUACGAUCGUCAGACCGACACCACUGGCCGUAUUCUAAUGCUGCUGCUCGUCUGCGCCCUGCUUAUGUCCAUUGCAACCCGCAUGAAGAGCAUAAAGAGUCCGCUUAGCAUGGAUUCGUUUAACCAAAUGGGACGUGCCAAGUUCACGUUGGUGGAUCCCUUCGAUGGCGGUCGUGGUGUACUCUUCCGAGACGUGGCUGGUCUCAGUGAGGCAAAACAGGAGGUAAAAGAGUUUGUUGAUUACCUCAAGUCCCCGGAAAAGUACCAGCGCCUAGGCGCCAAGGUGCCGCGUGGAGCACUGCUUCUGGGCCCACCGGGAUGCGGCAAGACGCUGUUGGCCAAAGCGGUGGCCACUGAGGCCCAGGUACCGUUCCUCAGCAUGAACGGUUCCGAGUUCAUUGAGAUGAUUGGUGGCCUGGGAGCGGCGCGAGUGCGCGAUCUCUUCCAGGAGGGCAAAAAGCGGGCGCCGUGUAUCAUCUACAUCGAUGAGAUAGACGCCAUCGGUCGGCAACGUUCGGGAACGGAGAGCAUGGGACAAGGCAGCUCUGGUGAGUCUGAGCAGACGCUGAACCAGCUCCUAGUCGAGAUGGACGGAAUGGCCACAAAGGAGGGCGUGCUGAUGUUGGCCAGCACAAAUCGGGCCGACAUCCUAGACAAGGCCCUUCUGCGACCUGGUCGUUUUGAUCGUCACAUUCUCAUCGAUCUCCCCACGCUGGCGGAGCGAAAGGAGAUCUUCGAGAAGCAUCUGUCUUCGGUGAAACUGGAGUCGUCGCCCACGACUUUCUCACAGCGUUUGGCUCGCCUGACGCCGGGUUUCUCGGGUGCAGACAUCGCCAACGUGUGCAAUGAGGCUGCCCUGCAUGCCGCCCGUAAUACACAAAAGGAGGUUAGCAGCAAGAACCUUGAGUACGCCGUGGAGCGCCUUGUUGGCGGUACUGAGAAGCGCUCGCAUGCCUUGACACUAGCGGAGCGCAAGGUGAUCGCCUACCACGAAUCCGGACACGCUCUAGUGGGCUGGAUGCUUCCUAAUUCAGAUAUUCUGCUAAAGGUAACUAUUGUGCCGCGGACCAGUUUGGCACUGGGAUUCGCCCAAUAUACCCCGAGCGAACAGCAUUUGUACAGCAAGGAGGAGCUGUUCGACAAGAUGUGCAUGGCGCUUGGUGGUCGGGCGGCAGAGAAUCUGGUCUUUAAUCGUAUUACGACGGGCGCCCAGAACGACCUGGAGAAGGUGACGAAGAUUGCGUACUCGCAAAUUAAGAAAUUCGGCAUGAACGAUACCCUGGGACCCAUUUAUGUCCGCGAUGCGGAUGAGACGGAGGGAGGCGGUGCAAUGGGCAGCGGUGGCAAGAAACCCUUCUCGCGGGCUAUGGAAAGCAUGAUAGACAACGAGGCGCGUCAUGUGGUGGCCAGUGCCUACCAAACAACUGAGGGCAUACUUACAACUCAUCGCGACAAGCUGGAAAAGCUGGCUGAGGCUCUGCUAGAGAAGGAGACGCUAGACUACGACCAAGUGGUGAAACUGAUUGGACCGCCGCCGUACGAUCUGGGUAAACGGCAAGUGGAUGGCGUGGAGUUCGAGCAGUCACUGAAGAACCUAGGCAGCGAUACGGACGCCUCGAAAACCUGAGGCUCUGAGUCAAACUCAGAUUCAGAGUGAUAGUUGUAGAGUCAGAGAGUCAUAGAGUCACAGUCAUUUAUCAUACGCCACGUGCCCCGAGUCGCUCACCUUUCCGCCCGCCCUGGUUCAUGUUCGUUGAAUGUAAAUAAAGUUGUUUACCUUUUUAAAUGA